AUGUCUUUUUUGGAGAUUUUACUUUCUACAAGAGCUUGGGCCCUGCUUGGUGUAGUGAUCCUUCUUCUUUUGAUCACUUUUGUUCAACUCUCAUGGCAUCUCCAGGAUCUUAAAGAUUUCCAAACAGUUCUCGAUCAACGACCGCUAUCACCCCCAAUUAGAACACCGGAUGGAUUUGAAUAUAAAAUAGCGGUUGUGACUGAUUUGGAUACGUUCAGCAAAAUGCAAGAUGAUGCGCAAAUGUGGAGGAGUUAUUUGAAGACUGGAAGCUUGAAGUUAUCCGAUGAUUGGCUGAAAGCUUCAGUGACUUGGAAUGACGGAAAAUCAACGGAGCUAAAAUCGAAAUUUUCAGUUGGAGGCAGAGGAAUGGAGCUCUCCGAUUUGGUUGUUUUUGAUCGAAAGCUCUUGACAAUUGAUGAUCGAACUGGAAUUGUUUAUCAAAUAAAAGGAAAUUCAAUGAUUCCAUUUGUAAUUCUCGGGAAUGGACCUGGAAAUGUUUCUGAUCCAUUGAAAGGUGAAUGGAUGACUGUUAAGGACGAAUAUCUCUAUGUUGGUGGUUUGGGAAAAGAAUGGACGUCAGUGAAAGGCGAGUUUAUAAACGAUUUCCCGAUGUGGGUGAAACAAAUUGAUCGCUUUGGAAGAGUCAUUCAUCACAAUUGGGCAUCUGUCUAUCGAAAGGUUCGAGAAUCGGUCGGAAUCAAGUCACCCGGUUAUAUGAUCCAUGAAGCCGUUCAAUGGUCAAAAGUUCACCGAAAAUGGUUUUUCCUUCCAAGAAGAGCUUCGAAUGAAAGCUAUGAUGAUACAAAAGAUGAACUUCGGGGAACGAAUAUGUUGAUUACGUUGGAUGAGGAAUUUGAGAAUCCGAGAAUGGUUCGAGUUGGGAAAACGACUCCUAAAAGUUACAAAGGAUUCUCCGCUUUUCAAUUCGUUCCAGGGACUGAAGAUCUCAUAAUAGCUGCUGUAAAAAGCGAAGAAAAGGAGGCUCAACCUGUCGGCAGCCAUCUCACAAUCUUCAACGUUGGCGGAGCCGUGAUUCUUGAAGAUCAGAAAAUCGAUGGACCUUAUAAAUUUGAGGGAAUUGCGUUUAUC